CUACGGUAAAACAUGGACGCUACCUUUUAGAGCUGAUACUGUGGUGUGUUGGGAUAAGUCACUGUUUUUCUGGUCUGUACUAUAGCAAUAUUCAAAAUGAUAACUCCUGCCUUUGACCUGAGCCAAGAUCCAGACUACUUGAUCCUCAACAUCCGUGUGCCCUACACCAGAACGGCAGAGUUUGACCUUUAUAUUGAUGGAACAGAUUUCAAGUUCUAUGCCAAGCCCUACUUUCUCAGAUUAACUCUGCCGGGGAGAAUAGUGGAGGAUGGGAGAGAAAAGGCCAAAUUUGACAUUGAUAAAGGUCUUUUCACUCUUCGGGUCCCUAAGGAGACAGCUGGGCAGCACUUUGAAGGACUUCAGAUGCUGACAAGUCUCCUCGCUCCGAAAGGCUCCCGUUCAGCAAAACCAUUGAUUGAGGACUUAAGCUCAGGACCCAGUGACAGUGUAGGAGAUGAUGAGGAGGCAGAUGAAGAAGAAUUUGACUGGCAGGUUGAGCAGGACGUGUACAUGGAGAGCUCUGAGGAGGAGAUGAGAGCCCUGCAGAAAUAUGGCUUUGGCAAUCAGAGGUCUGGAGUGUUUGCCAGAUUACAGGAGGAACUCAGUGAUGUGAUUGAUAUCAAGAACCCAGAGGGAACAACAGCAGCAGAGAGGAGGCAGGCGAGGCUGGAGGCAGAGGCAUCUGCUUUUUCACCUGACCACUACCUGGCUGAUUUGUUUGAGGAUGAAGAAAUAAAGGGGCUGCUGAAGUUUAGACCAUGGUGGGAAAAGCUGCUUCCUUCCACUGAGCAGGAGGGAGAAGCUGCUGUGUCAUUCACCGACGAUGAGAAGGAGCAGCUGAGAAAAUUCACCAACCGCUCCUACCUGCUGGACAAGACGUCCCGUUACCAAGCGUGGCUCGGCCUCGUGGACGUCCUGCUGGCUUAUUCCUAUGAAGUGCGCUCUACAGAGGGAGAGCACAAUGUGGAGUCACCGUGGACAAUCAGGAAACUCAGCGGGACUCUCUGCUGGCUGGAGACGUACAGCUCCUUGCAAGACGUCCUGUUGUCGUUUGGACGGAGGGUUUUGUGCUACCCGCUCUACAGACACUUUGCAUUGGUCUCUGCGGCUGUUCGUGACACAACUAAGAUUUUGCAAUCAGGGAAAGCCUGUGUCCUUAAAUGCCUGCUGGAUAUUCACAAAGUCUUCAGAGAGAACGACCCGGCCUACAUACUGAACGAUCUGUACAUCACAGACUACUGCAUCUGGAUCCAGAGGGUCAAGUCCAACAAGGUGACAGCCUUUGCCGCAACGUUACAAAAAGCCUCUCUGAGCAAAAAAGACUUGGAUCUGGAGCUGGAGGAGCUGGAGGAGGCAGCAACAAUGGUGGCGGAGGAAGAAGAAGAUGACGAAGAGCAGGGAGCUUCCAAGAGCGCUCCGAUAUCCCGCGGUGACAGCAGCGGCGCUUCCAGUGACAGCAGCAGCAGCAGCAGCGGCUCGUCUGAUGAGAGCGAGGAAUCUGAGGCUGAAGGGCAAGGCUGCACCAAAUCCAACGAGGGAGGAGGAGGAGAGUCGUCUAAGGACAACCCUCUCCAGCCCCAACCCACCUCCGCUUCCUCUCCCAUCCCCCAGGAGCCAGCGAGCACUCUCUUCUCAGCGGAGGAGAAAGUGGACGCCCUCCCCUCAGCUUCAGAAGGCACCAGACGGCUGAUCCAGGAGCUGGGGGAGCGGGUGGCGGAGGAACUGAGAGUCUCUCAAGACUCCAGCUACAAAGCAGAGAGGAACCGUUCACAGCUGAGCAGCACUGAAGCAACAUCUGGGAGGAGCAGCAGUGGGACUUUGUUAGAGCCGAGUCCUCGCAGAAACCCUCUGCUCAUCAUCCAAACACAGGACGAUGCUGCUGAGAGUGACUUCAUCAGCUGAUGGAAAGUGAUGUGGAACUUGAUAACCACAUGAUGAACUGAAACGAACUGUUAAAUCCAUGUAAGUGAUGGAAGAACGUGUCGGAUUUUUUGUCUUUCAAUUUCUUUCUUUCUGUUUUUGUGAUUCUUUAAUACUUCUGCUUUGUGUUGUGAUACAAGGAUCAGAUUUUGUUGUUUGACUCUCUUCUAAUGGACUUUAUUUUCAUCUUGAAAUAUAUUUUCUUAAUUAAAAUUCUUAUUUUAUAUUUA